CCUUUUUCCCUCUUUUUUUUUUACACCUUUCUUGCUUCCGGAUGGACUUAAGAAGACAAAUCUGUCAACGAUAUAAGCCGACCUCCUACGUACUUCCUCCUGUAUACUCGUCUCUAUAGACCACCUAGACCUACCCAAUUGGGGAGCAUAGAGUUAGCAAAAGAUACUCAUUCCUCCCCUAGCCACCUCACCCGCCACUCCUCCCGAACGAUCCACAUCCCGCUCCGCGAUCUCUCCCUCGAUUUCAGAAAAGUUUCCGCUCUCCUAUCCCUCCCUUCUACCAAAAAAAAAAAAAAAAAGAAAAAGAAAAAGAAAAAGAAAAAAGAUGACUACUCAGGCAGCUGACAACAAGAUGGCAUACGCCACACCCUCGGCCCGAUGGCGCGCAAUCGUCAACCGAGACGCUGCAGCUACAUGCUUCGUGUACGGUGUGCGCACCACAAAGAUAUACUGUCGUCCACGAUGUCCUGCCCGCCUGGCGCGCCGUGCGAAUGUCAUAUUCUACGACACUCCCGCCCAGGCAGAGAAGGCGGGUUAUCGACCCUGCAAGCGGUGCAAGCCUGAGGAUCUACGUGCGCCCACGGAUCCCCACGUCCGUCUGGCGCAGAAGGCAUGUGAGACGAUGACGCUGGCUGCCUUGGCAGGUGGGGAGAAACAACGGCCGACGCUGCAGGAUCUGGCUUCGGAGGCGGGUUUGACCCCGAGCCAUUUCCAUCGGGUGUUCAAGAAGGUCGUUGGAGUGACACCCGGAAAAUACGCAAGGGAUUUGCUGGAAGGGAAGACGUUCCAGAAGAAAUUGCCUGACGGGACCAUCAUCGGAUGGCCUCCGGUGGGGCCCAUCGGGACAACCACCUCAGCGCAGCUGCAGCCACAAACGCAGGCGCAAACACCACCGUCCAUCCCAGUCCCCACGACGGUACCAGCCGCCGUGCAGGGGAUAGGACUAGACCUGUCGAACCAAUCAACGGGCCACGACCCAGCCGCCGUCGGAAUUGAUUGGAACGAGUUCGACCUCAUGUUGGCCGCGACGACGGGAGGCGCGAGGCCGCAGAUGGAUUACAUUGGCAACGGUGGGUUUUGCAUAUCUGCAACAGAUCACCACCAUCUUGACCCUAGUACUGUGAUUGAUGGAUCCAUGUUCUCUGCAAACCCGCAGUCGGGCAGCCACCACCACCUUGGCUUUCCGGAGUAUGUCAACGAUACGGUUGACUUCUCGCUGGGCACGCCGCUGUUUGACUCUCCCGCCCUGACCACGCGGCCGACUUCAGUGCCUUCUUCGCAGCAGUCUCUAUCACCCACAGACUCGCCGCCUCUUUUCGACUCUUGUGACUCGCCGUUGCUAUUUGAGGAUGUUGAUUGGAUGGAUAAUCCUGGUUUACCCCUGACGUGGAAAGUUUAGCCGCUGGGAUCGAGCUCGAGCGCGAGCGCUCUUCAGGAAUGAAUUAUGUAAAUAUAUAUAUAUAUAACUAUAUCCUCCGUAUAUGUUAAUUAUUUCGCUGAUAC